AUGUCAGGAGCUGGAAGAGGUAGAGGACGACCUGCUAGAGGCAGAGGUCAGGGAGGUGUUGGUCGUGGUGGUGUUAACCAUGACGAUGUUCAGUUGGAGGAUGCACCUCAUGUGCCGAAUCCUAUGAUUGGAUUUAUCAGAGAUAUCCGCAAAUUGGGGGCUGUUGAAUUUGCUAGAGCUACCGAUCCACUUGAUGCUGAGAAGUGGAUUGAAGAUAUGGAAAAGUAUUUUGAGAUGAUGGACUGCACUGAGGUGCAGAAAAGGAAGAUUGGUGCAUUUCUUUUAUCUGGUGAGGCGCGCCAGUGGUGGCAGUCAGAGACCAGGAUGGUUGUGGACAUUACAACUAUGACCUGGGAUGAUUUUAAAACUCGGUUCAAUGACAAAUACUUUCCACAAUCAGUGAAGGAGAAGAAGGCAGCAGAGUUCACGCAGCUAGAACAGAAUAAUGAGAUGUCAGUUAGUGAGUACGAGAGGAAGUUUACAGAGCUAUCCCGAUUCGCUCCUCACAUUGUUGCGAAUGAGUUACACAAGGUUAGAAAGUUUGAGCGAGGAUUGGUCUCUUAUGUGAAGAAGUUUGUGGUGGGUCAUCGUUUUGACACAUAUGCUAGAGUGGUGGAAUGUGCUAUGGCAGUAGAGGAGAAUAAUAACAUUGACUUUCAGAAAUAG